GGAGCAGAAGAUCAUAGCGAUCUUAUCCAAUUGCAAGGUCCUGGGUCUCUGCAAAUUUUGCAACUAGCAGAAUCCUCGAGUUCGUCUGGAGUUGUUAACACCAAGAGCAAGACCCAGCAAAGCAGUAACCAGUAUCUUGACGUACAGAAGCACUAUGACGUGGAUGAUACUACCUUCGCUUUACUCGUUCGGGAUCUCGUUAUGCCUAUCCUAAGCAGUGCUGUGCAGGAACACGAGACUGUCGUAGCAUUGACACGCGACAACAGUCAGCCAUCAGCGCAUAAAAUGCUGUUGCAACGCAGGAUGCAUGAAGCACAGUGGCUGAAACAACUCAGCGCAUUUGUAUCGGCGAUGGAGCAACUCCUGCUUUUGCUUGUAAUGACGCUGAAGCUGCAGCAACGUGCCAGUAGCUUGAAUUACGAUUUGGCUUUUUCUGUUUCUGAUGCAUACUACACUUUCUUCACCUAUUUGUUAAUGAAUUUGGAUGAAGAUGAUGAAUCACAAUCAAAAUCAUAAUCCAUGUUGAAGAUGAAAUUGAUCAUGUAGAUGUCAUACUCUUACUCAGGAUUCCUCCUCUAAUGCCAGAAAAUGGUAGCCGAAGGCGCAAACGAAAGCGGGAAAUUAGUAGAUCGACUCACAACUAAUAUGGCAACCAUGGACGGAGCAGUUAAGGGAUUAGCCGAAGCCCUUGCUGAUUUGGAGCAAAAGAGGAGUGAAGUCACUGCCGAUAUGAGUUGCCAGUCUGACGGCGUCAAAAGCAAGCUAACCGAGAUUCAAGACAUCAAGCAGAGCUUGGUGGCUGAGAAAAAGCAACUGCUAAAACGAUUAGAAGAGAUCGAUACGAAAUUGAGCUUUUUCGAUGCUGAGGAGCAGGUUUUGAGAAAUCAGCAAGCGCAAAGUGGAUUGCAACAGCAGCUUUUGCGGCAGAAGUUUGAGGUGCAAAUAUCAGAAGAUCGCCAGAAGUUGUUGGCAAAGACUGACGAAAAAAUUGAGCAAUGCACUUUGCUGGCUUUGGUUCAAGAAGCUCGUGAAUUUGUGAACACUGGACGUGCGGCUGACGUAAAGGCACUGGAGCGUCGUGUUGAUGUGAAGAAAAGACAGCUGUUUCGAAGUUGCGUGGAUUUUUUGAACUUCGCCGGGACGGAUAUGAGAACAGCAGCGGAAGAGAUCGAGACAGUGCGAGAAAAAAGCAGCAAGGUUAUGGCCUUUGUGGGAUUCAGUUUGAGACUUUCUUCUCGUCUUCAGAACAUUGCUGGUGGAAAAUCUAGAUCGUCGAAUACAUGAGAGGGUGCGAGCAGCUGAGAGACGAUUUAACUACAAAAGGAGAAUGUUGAACCGUUACCAAACAUUCAGAUUUACAUUAUUCAACCAUCUAAUUCAUCCUCCCCAGACGCGUUUAGUUCAACAGCUUCCAGGUCCAGCGCAAAACAACUCGUUGAAGAAGCAGUACAGAAAACGCUCAAUCAGUUUGGUGCUCUACUCAGUAGCGUCGGGUUGCUAGAAGGGGAGGAAAGCGGAGCCUCUUCUGGCGACACCGACGAGCCUUCUUCUGCUCAGGAAAACAAGAACAACCCACCUAUCAAAGAGAAGAAGGGUAAAUCGCGUAGCUCACCAGCUUUUCCAAACAACAAGGAAUGUGCUUCGCCAGGGGGCCCUUCAUCUGCAAUGAAAAAAUCCUCUUCUGCACGUGGAGUUACGGCAAUUCUUGCCUGGGCUGGAGAUAGUUCAGUUUCUGAAGAAGAAGAGAAUGAAGAGGAAGAGGCAUCUGCUUUAGAUCAUCAGAAAGAGAUGGAAAAUAGAGAAAAGACUCCAGUCCUCGAUCCUGAAGUCCAUAGACCUCUUCUGAAUUUCCAGUAUUCGACUGGAAAUCAACUGCAGAGCAUCUUUGAGAUGAUCCAGGCAAUAGAAUGUGGUGGAGAUGAGCACCUUGGGGCUGCCUGUGCCGAUUGCGGCCGAGCGGACUCCAGCGUGACAUGGGCAAGUGUGACGCACGGCAUCUAUCUGUGCUUGCAGUGUGCUGGGCUUCAUCGAGGGCUCGGCGUGAGUCGAAGUUUCGUCCGGUCGAUUACCAUGGAUCGUUGGAGUUUCCGAGAACUGAUGCGCAUGCUUGUCGCAGCGAAAUACAACAGCACUUUACUAGCAGUGGGAGGUGCAGCGGAAAAAACGUGGCUGAAGUUCGGAAGAACAUACUCCUAUUCAAGAGAAAGUAGUGAAGAGUUACCGAGCCACUCGCUGAAAGGACAGCAACUGUUAGCGUAUCGCUACGCAUCUCAAUACGGUGAGUUUCACAAGAAAUUGCUCGACUGGCACGAAAACGCUGAAAUAUCAGCUGAACUGCAGAAACAACAACAAGAAAAGAACAAAACAUCUUCUAGUACUAGUACUGCGGCUCCAACAGCUCUGACGAAUGAGACUCAACAAAACGACGAUGAAGACCGAUCUGUCGAAGCUGAUCAGACGAAGCCAAUCGAGAGGGAAGUGGUGGAUGCGCUGACAAGUUUGCAUGCAUGGAAGCAAAGGACAUCCUCAAGAACAUCAUCAUCAAAUUCCGUAACAAUACUAGCAACACCAACGCAGGUUGAACAAAUGUAUAAAGAGUUACUUGGACUACUUUCAAGUAGCGACGGUAAACCAGGUGGAGCGGGGCCAUUAUCAAAGGCAAGGAAUAGCGACAUAGACCGAGACGAAGUAGUAGGUGCAAAGACCAACAAUGCAGAAAACAAGUCGCCGAAAAAAAUGGGGUGCUGGAACGCUGCGAGUGGUGAAACAUCAGACCAGAAUCUGACAUGGAAUGAUGUGCAAAAGUCACUUCGAAACUUCUCUUUAGGAUCGUCGUAGGACAGUGAUGGGGAGGAGGUUCGGAUUCAUAAAAUUUGUGUACUUAGUCGACUUGUUCUGACACUGACACUAGACGAGAAUCGUUAUUCCAAUUCCUCUCGUAGCACAUGCACUCCCACACGCACUCGGAAUUACUAUCACGCAGAUAACACUUUUGAUGACUAAGCAUCUUAAUCAGGGCACUGGCAGUCUGAUCACGCAGGAGCUAAGUGCUUCUAGUAGUGUAAGUAACUUUUGUCAGUUCAGCUGACAGCUAACUGCACUUGAUUAAGCAGCUUGGUUGCUCGGCUU